GUCCCGAUCACAGAAGAAGAUGAAGAUCACCCCUCCCAAAGCUGCCCUGCAUGGCAAGGAAACUACAACAGGCUAUGUGAUUCGGUAUCACUUUUAUUUUGCAGUUAUUGCGUUAGGAUCGCUUUUACUGGUUUCCACCAGCGACGGCAUGGUCCUUGCCCUUGUGAUCGGAUGGCAUGUUGGAAUGCUCUGGAAUAUGCUGUUCCGCAGCGGUACCAAGAGUUCUUUGCUGUUGUGGGAUAUGUAUACAUUUUCUUCCCUCACGAGUAUCUUUCAAGUACUGCCCGACUGGUUCCUUGUCAAAUCCCUCCAGACUCUGGAAUUUCCAACACGGGGUACUGAUUCCGCUCGAGUUGCCGUUGUUUGGAGUAUUGGGCAAGCUGUUCCUUGUUAUAUGGCGGGAAUGUGGGCCAUUCCAUUCUUCUUGAUUUUGACAGCAACAGCAGCAGUAUCAUCAUCUGGAAGUGUUGGUGGUUACUGGAGGAGUGCCCUUGUCUCCCUACUCAUCUUUGGGUCUUCCGAGUAUCUGCUCUAUUUCCUCGAUCUAUGGCGGUGUACCGAUCGGGUGCGACAUCGGAUUCUGGGGCAUGUGGCAGUCUACGUUCUGCCGGCAGAAGCCAUCUUGGGACCAGUCUUGCUGCAUCACUUUUGGCAAACACGUGGGGGCACUUGGACUGCCAAACUUGGAGGAGCUAUUGUGACUAUGCUAUGCUACACUGGGUCGCUGGCUCUGUGCCAUCUUUUGAUGGAAGGGGGGAGAUGAAUGUGUAGCCAGUCGUGGAGACAUAACAACAACUCUUUCGAAAGUACCCCAAUCCACAAAUUUCUUGAUUGCAAAUACCCAGAAAGCAUACUGUACCAUUGAGCUUAAGGUACACUCCUUGGCCGACAUUUGGGCAAGGCCUUGCUAGCUUUUGAGUGUUGGCCUGGCCCGGCCUGGGAUGCAAGCUGGCAUGUCACUGAAGCCAGAGGAUGCUUCAUUCGAGGCGCCAUGUCAAAGCACGAAAGCAAGCGGAGUUGUGGCGCAGCUUAAGAGUCCACGAGACGAGUUGCGCCCAGUUCAAUCUACAUUCCAUGCACGAUUUGCUAAGCAUGCAGCCCUACAGCAUGUUAGCGACUGCUAUCAGAUGAUGAUCGGUGAGAGCCACACUUGGAGACUGCCGAGAUUUCCUGUCGGAGAGAGAACCAACAGAAUCCAGCAUCGAGGGCAAGGAAAAAGCCAAACCGACAUCCAUCCUGGUGGGCAAUUUUCAUGGCAAACCCGCCCCUUGAAGUAAAACGCUUGGCUUAUGCGUUCAUUGUUAGUGUUGGUGGUCAUGAAAGCCUCAAACUCAUUCUCCCAAUCCGCCUGUUCACACACAAAAGCCACGGUCGCACACGCACCAUGGGCCGCAAAGAGCAUUGCUUCUCAAUCUUAUUGCACCACAAGAGGACUGAGGUCGUCCUCA